AUGUAUUUUUUUAUUUUUUCUCUUCUUUUUCUGACGAAAUGCCUGGGCUUUCGGGUUCCUGAAUCUGUCGAUUAUAUUGAAUAUUAUCCAAGAGAUGACUAUUUUUCAAAUGAUGAUAGUAAUUCUGACGAAUUGGACGUGGUUGCCGCUGUUUUUGUAGUUCCUGAUGAGCCGACGAUAUUACCUCCGCGGCCAAAUUGUGGCUGGUGGGGCAAUUGCCCCGGCUACUGGUCUGAAUGGUCUCCGUUGAGCCCUUGCUCAACAACCUGUGGCCCUGGAUUUCGCCAAAAACAACGAGAAUGCAUCGGAGAAGACUAUUACCGCGAAUAUGAAUGUUUUGGCGAAAGCAUCUACGAGCAAAGUUGCAAUUUUGGGAGCUGUCCUGAAUGGACAACCUGGUCAACCUGGUCAGCCUGUGAUGCAAGCUGCGGCCAGGGAAACCGAUCUCGACGGCGCGAUUGUCAGUAUGGCCAUUCUUGCCCUGGUUUACCAUAUGAAUUCUCUCGCUGCACAGCAAUCGAUCCUGGAUACACUUAUUGGACCGCUUGGUCGGAAUGCUCGGCAUCUUGUGGCUACGGUUCAAGAAGUCGAGAACGGAGACGAAUCUGCGGCGGACACGUUGACAUCGAGACUGAUAGCUGCAUAAAUCCUAUAAAUUACUCGUCAUGGUCCCACUGGUCCGCCUGCCCAAGCUGCUAUAAUCAAAAUGAUGAGCCAGUUCUAUCAUCCCGCCAACGCUCUGAAAUCUGUACUCACCGCGUAGACAAGCAACAAAGACCUUGCAUAGCACCUUAUUGCAUCGCGUAUUGGUCGCAAUGGACCGAUUGGGGAUCUUGUUCUACCUCUUGUGGCAUCGGAUUCCGCGAACGAUUCCGCCAGUGCGAGGGAUCUCCAGAUGAGUGCUUGAAUCUUUUUGGAAGCAACAGUGAACGCGAAUCUUGUAACGUCGGCAAUAACGGCAUCUUCACUGACUGGUCGGAAUGGACUCCUUGUAGUAGCAGCUGCGGUAAUGCCAAGAAGUACAGGCGAAGAACUAACUGCGACGAAGAAGACGUUGAGGAAGAAGAGUGCAACAACUUUGUGACCCUUGCUUUUAUUAGUGAGAUUGGAGUAUGGUCCUCCUGGAGUGAAUGCAUUGACGGUUUCAAAUCAAGAACUCGACACGAAGAAUGUUCAACGAAUUCCGAAACACAAAGCGUUCCAUGCGAUGGAUCGGAGCGGCGCAGACCUUGGACCGGAGUCCGACCGGUCACCGAACCCAACUUGUCCGUCCGUGCCCAAGAGGAAGCUUCAGAAGAAAGAGUGAUUUUGAUAAUGGGCGAAAAAUUGAGCGAAGCAUUCUCAAUUUCAUUUGACGGAGCAACCAAAGCAGCAUCAGUAAUCAGUGCACCAUCAGACGACUAUGUUCAAUUUGCUCCUCAUGCUUAG